UAGAUAUACUUCCGGGUUACUAUUACUACAUCCUCGCAAGACGUGUGUUAGCACAAAAAUGGCCGCAGACAAGCAAAGUGAGAUUAAAAGAUCGGGGAUGGAUGAAAAUAAGGAGAACCUCGGACUGGAAAUUCUUCAGAUCAUUAAGGAGUCACAGCAACAACAUGGGUUGAGACAUGGAGACUAUCAGCGAUACAGGGGCUACUGCUCUCGCCGCUUGCGUCGCCUGCGUAAAACUCUGGGUUUCAAAGUGGGCCACCGACACAAGUUCACUGGGAAGAAAGUGACUGUGGAGAUGGUGUCUGACAAUAGGUACCUGCUGCUGGUGCUGAUGGAGUCAGAGCGAGCAUGGAGUUACGCCAUGCAGCUGAAGCAGGAGGCCAACACUGAGCCGCGCAAGCGCUUCCACCUGCUGGCCCGGCUGCGCAAGGCCGCCAAGCACGGCGAGCACCUGGAGCGCCUCUGCGAGAGCCCGCGCGUGGACGCCAAGACCAAGCUGGAGGCCCAGGCCUACACUGCAUACCUGACGGGAAUGGUCCAGUUUGAGCUUCAGGAGUGGAAAGCUGCUAUGGAGGCCUUCAACAAGUGCAAAACCAUCUAUGAGAAGCUGGCCAGUGCUUUUACUGAGGAGCAGGCGGUGCUCUACAACCAGAGGGUGGAGGAGAUCUCGCCCAACCUCCGCUACUGUGCAUACAACAUUGGUGACCAGAAUGCCAUAAAUGACCUGAUGCAGAUGAGGCUGAGUGCUGGAGGCAGUGGUGGCAUGAUGGCAGAGAAGCUGGAGACUUUGAUCACCCAAACUAGGGCCAAGCAGGCCGCCACCAUGAGCGAGGUGGAGUGGCGCGGGCGCACCGUGCCCGUCAAGAUCGACAAGGCCCGCAUCUUCCUCCUGGGACUGGCAGACAACGAGGCGGCCAUUGCUCAGGCUUCCAGUGAAGAAACUAAGGAGCGCCUUUAUGAGACUCUCCUGGCAGAGUGCAGAGACACCAUCCAGGCCGUGCGAGAGGAAAUCAGGAUUGACGUGAAAACCAGAGAGAGAGGAUCAGAACCGGAGGGAGGGAAGGUCUCUAACCUGCAGUUCCUGCACAGCUACCUGACCUACAUCAAGCUGUGGACCGUGGUGAAGCGCAAUGAGAGCAUGGCCCACACGCUGCAGGCCAAGCUCAAGGAGCCGGAGAUGGACGACAGCAAGAGGGGGCCCCGGCCCCAGGACCUCAUCCGCCUCUACGACAUCAUCCUGCAGAGCCUGGCAGAGUUGUCCGUCAUUCAGGGAAUGGAGGAGGAUCAGACCUUCCAGAAGGAGGUGGCCCUGAAGACCCUGGUGUACAAGGCCUACAGGUGUUUCUUCAUCGCCCAGUCCUAUGUGCUGGUGAAGAAGUGGAGUGAGGCCCUGGUUCUGUAUGAGCGAGUUCUGAAGUACGCCCAAGAGGUCCAGUCCAAAGCCAAGAGCCUGAACAACAGCCUCAAGGACCUUCCAGAUGUCCAAGAACUUAUCGCCGAGGUUAAUGCCGAGAAAUACUCGCUGCAGGCGGCAGCCAUCUUGGACAAAGAAGAUGUAGCGGAAACACCCAUACAGCCCAAUGUGAAAGAGAACAAGCCCCUCUGCGACCGAUUGGACGCCUUCCGUCUGGAUCCCACCCUCGUCGGCAAGCAGCCCAAUCUGGUGGAGUUUCCCCCCGACUUCCAGCCAAUCCCCUGCAAGCCCCUGUUCUUCGACCUGGCACUCAACCACGUGGCCUUCCCGCCCCUGGACGACAAGGUGGAACAGAAGGGCAAGGGAGGCCUGACCGGAUACAUCAAGGGCAUCUUCGGCUUCGGCAGCUAAAUCCCGGCGCAGACCUCCCGGUGGUCGGCCCCGACGCUGGGCUGCGUGAGUCCCCAGAGCACCGGCUUCCUCCAGUCUCUUGAGUGUUGGCUGCUCCGGCGCGCACACACACACACACACACACCUCAGAUUCUAGAGACUUCCGUGCCUGGUGUUCAUUUGCUCACGCAGCAUCCCCAGACACCUCCCUCCCUCACAAACAAACAAACAAACAAACACAC